CAUUAUCAGAUGCAUUCAUAAUAUGACGGCAUUUUCAAAAUAACUCUCCAAAAUAAUAAGAGUAUACUGUACGCAAAUAUUCAAGCACUUCACAACUUACAAGGCUUCAUUGAUUUUUGUUUCGUCGUCUGCGAGGACCGUUUGACUUUGGCAAAAAGAAUCUGUUAUAUUUUUCUUUUUCUCAUGAGCCUGGACGACAAACUCACCUUGAUUUUAUACUGUCUGAUUUGGGAAAACCCUGGAAGAAACUUGAUUGAAAUAGAUAUUGCAAGAAAGAAAGAAAAUGUUUGGGUUGCGUGGGAUGCGCCUUCGCACCAAAUAAACAUCAACUGAAACAUUUGUUUUUCUUGCAACAAUCACUUUAAAAAUAUAUACACACGACAUUGGAAAAAGCGAAGUUUCCCGCCAAGCCGGUUAUUGAGUCCCACUUUUCAGAACGUGUCGUUCUGAUGACUUAGCCAGAAUGGAUCAUUCUUAAGAUAAAUCUUAAAAAUCUCUUUAUCAAAACAAUGUACGAACCUCGAAUACUUGAUGAUGACAAAGCAAUUGGCAUCAUCCUUGGGCAUGCCGACACACAGGUAUACUUGAAUCGAACAAAGGCCAAGAGCAAGGUGUCCAAAUCACCUAUCAUCAGAAAGGCACAGAAGCCUCCUCAUUGUCUCUCACGUCCCUCAAUCUUGCCCAAAAGUGACAAAAUGAAGCGAGAAGUGCUUCAAGGGUCUUGCCUCAGGAGUUGCUUCGUCAUAUCUAUGUUCUUCAGCAUCGUCGGGAUCGCACUGGUUGUCGCCGGCACGGUCAUGCUCACCAGACCACGUUCAUCGUCAUCGCCGUCAUCGUCGGGCAACAACCACCAGUGGAUGCUCAUCUUGGGGUUACUGACGGUCUUUGUGGCAAUUGCUUGUUACCUGUGUCUUCGGAACUACUGCGUCUACCAUCUAGGAGAAGCUCCUGUCAAGGUGUUGUCCAUUGAAGGGGAAGAACUGAAAGGUGGUAAAUACCAAGUGGUGAAGAAUGUUGAGGAUAGUGAGAAAAGGAACACUGAGUCAGAGACUGCGCCACAUCUGCAGGCAGAUGAAACACAAGAUAUGGAACUUAAAGAAGUCUCGGAUGAAGAGGAGAGUGACAUCUCCACAAGGGUAGGACAUACGACCAACGAUGUCAGUCUCACAUUGAUAGAAGCGCAAAGGAGAGAGUCCAUAUCUCUGCCAAUUCACUCUGACACAGAAUGUCAUCUCGAUGACCAUCUCGACGUCGGGUUCCAAAGAGAGCUUCGAAGGAUGUCCAAGGUUUCGCAGGUUUAGGGAUCGAGCCCCAGAUAAUAUUUGCGCCAUUAGAUAUUUGGAUUAGUGAACUAUCUAUUAUCUUUGUAAUCAAGAUUGGAUUUUGCAAUAUGACAUUCUGCAAUGUUGGUGCGUGAAAAGGACAACGAAAAUGAUAUAAUCACAUGCAGUAAUAUAUAUUUCAAGAAUAUUGCAAUUAUAUUAUUCAGUAUUCUAACAAAGUUUUGAAAGUUCCUUUAUUAUGUUCAACGCUGUAGAUUUUAAGACUAGUCAGAUUGGAAAAGUUUAAACUAACUUUAUAGGAAUUUGAUUACCUAUAAGCCUAUACAUAAUUAUAUACAAAGAAAUACAUGGUAUAAAGCAUACUCGGAUAACCAUUAUAAUCAUUAUGCUUCAAUAUUAAUCAAAAUGCAUUUAUUGCAACUUAUUCAUGCUAUUUAAGCAUGUAUUUAUAUAUGAUUGGAUGUAAUUUAUAGAUAUUUAUGUAAUGUAAAUUCAUAUAUAAUUAUAACACUAUAUGUUUAAUGUAUGUCGUAGGUGACUGAAGGGAUAGGCCCCUACUCCAUGCUGCUUAAAAAUGAUAUCUCAAUAACAAGGCGAAUGCUGAAAACGUCAUCAAAGUGAAAAAAAUAACGAAGUUAUUGGUUUUUAUUUUAAACUUUAUCAAGUAUUAGUAACUGACACCAUGGUCUAACUCUGUGCUAAAAUUAUGGAGAGUAAAAAAUGUCAAAAUUUUCCUUGCAUUGUAAUGUUGCGUAUUUACUUUGUUCUUUUCUAACUCGUGAAUGGUGAAGGAAGCUACCAUAUUUAUCCUUCCAAAACAGUGAAGAAUGAUUUGAUAAAAAAUUAGCUCAUACAUUGAAAUUCUACAGAGAUUUAUGCCACUAUUGGCUAUCCAUACUUGAACCACAACUUCGAACCAGAGUUUAAAUUAAACCCGACUUCAAAAUGGGCCUUUAAGUUAUUCAGUGUGGUUAUGAAUGCGGUAGGUGGGUUGAUGAUGUCAAGUCCUCAACUUAUAUUUCCAUACUCUAUUACAUCAAAUUCAUAUAAUCAUUUUAUAAUAGCAUUAUCUCUCUUGUUACAAAAAUAGCUGCAUGAACAAUUAUCUUUUGGCAUUCAAUUAGCAACUAAUCCUAUUUUUUACAUUCUUGGAGGAAAAAUUAAAUAAAUAUGAUUUUAUAUUAAUGCAAGAUCGCUCAUUGCACUUUAUUUUUUAUGAAAACACGCAUUACCAUGAUUACUGUUAUUAAAUUACCAAACUAAUGCAAAAUAUAAAGAUGUCAACCUUUACUCCUUGUCCGAUUUGAUAAUUUUUUUUAUAUUACAAAUUGUAUUUUGCAAGGCAUUUCUGUAUUUGUUAUGUUUAAUGUAUGUCGGUGGUGAUUGAAGAAAUAACGAAGUUAUUGUAUUUUAAAUUUCGCAACCAUUUUGCGAACAAAGUAAGUUAUUUAAUGUUGUCAUUGGAUAUUGAUGCGUAGAAUUACUGUUUCA